AUGAAAAACUCUGUUAAAUCUCUUGCGAAGGGACAUUGGAAGCAAAAGGAUGAUGUGAAACUGCUGUGUUGUUAUAAAAAAUAUCCUAAUCAAUGGCAGUUAAUAUCAGAAUCAAUGGGAAAAAAGCGUAGUGCAAAGCAGUCAAGAGAACGAUAUAUGAAUCACCUAAAUCCUCAAAUAAAUCAUAGUCCCUUAACACUCGCCGAACGCACCGAUAUAUGGCUCUUGUAUUUCUGGUUUGGUAACAGCUGGGCUUCGAUUGCAUCGCUUUUUCCUGGACGAACAAGCUUGCAAGUGAAAAAUUAUUGCAUGAGUAGAUCACGAUCACUCAAAACAAGAGAAGCUUUCGGUGAAAAGGCAUUUCUCCCGUAUUUGGACUCUCCGACUGGCUUAUCCGUUUCGUGUAAUCAGAAAGAUGCAAACGCUGAUCGUAUGAGUAUAGCUUUCCUCCUAAAUUAA